CUAUUUUUAAUUUUGCUUAUAAUAAGCGCCGACAUAUAACUUUAUAUUUUCUGGGAAUAUAACUCUAAGAAAAGAAUUGGUCCAUGUAAACAAAUAUCGUGAAUUUGUGUUAAAAAUUACAGAGAUUUUAGAGUACGCUAUAUUUGGAGGCCCUAAGAUGAGCGAUGAUGAUCGAGAUAUCGAUGUGGAAAGCGACGAUGGUGACGAUUCGGAUUCACGACAGGCCUUACCUAGACAAACUUCCGGAAGUCAAUAUUAUUCGCAGGCAGAAAAAAGGGCCCACCACAACGCUUUGGAGAGGAAACGUCGAGAUCACAUAAAGGACAGUUUCAGCAGUCUAAGAGAUUCUGUGCCCGCCCUUAAUGGUGAAAAAGUGGCGAGUCGAGCGCAGAUCCUGAAGAAAGCAGCCGAGUAUAUUCUCUUUAUGAGGAAAAAGAAUAACUCGCACCAGCAGGAUAUCGAGGAUCUGAAGAGACAAAAUAGCCUGCUCGAAGCUCAAAUACGUACAUUAGAAAAAGCUAAAGUUACAGGGUCGUUUGGCGGCAUGGACGCCGACCUCAAAGAUUCCACUUUUAAUGAAACUGAAUCCGACACGUCGGACACCGAGGGGUCCGUACAACCCAGGAGGCCCAAGAAAAUGAAAGUGGGGCCUUAUCACUAGACAAUAUGAUUGGAUUCUUCAAAAAAGUUUGAGAUAUAAAAAAAAAGUGACAUUUGAAGGAUGUCGUGACUUGCCCCCCUGAAGUGGCACCUGACAUUAUUUCACCCGUACCUUCUCGGUGUAUUCUGUAGUAGUACAUUCUCUAGGGAGAACUUGAUCACUCACAGUCGAUAAAUGUCCAUUUUAUUUUUAUAGUUUUUACACUUCCUUUUUUUUUUUUUGUUUUGUAUAGUUUUGGUUUUAUCAAGUUUAGUAUUACAUCUAGUAAUGGUUAAGAGCUUUGUACAAACAUUGUUUUCGUUAAUAUAUGUAUGUAAUUAUAAUUAAUAUUAAGGAGAAA